GGACAAUCUCUUGUCCAAGUACGGAGUGGUGGUUGCCGACUUGCACACCAAGAUCAGUUGGGAUGAUCUAAAGGCGGCGUGGCAUAAGCGGUUCCGAGUAGAGCCGCCGGAGAUCAAGGCAAUGGACAAGCUGAUGACCUUCGAACAAGGCACGCUGCAGAAUGUUGACUGGAUUGUCGAGUACCAACACUUGACAUCCGUCCCAGACAUUCAAAUGGGCUUCAAGGCCAUUAAACAGUACUUCAUCUCGAGGUCGUGUUCGGCGUUGGGCAAUGCCUUGACUCACGUCGAGGACACCCUGACGACACCGGCGGAGCUCUUCGACAAGGCCGCGCAGAUUAUUGUCACGAACAAGGAGUCUGAGAACCUCCACCGUUUGUCUACGACAGGCCCGAGCAGAGAUCAGCAUCAGCCAAAAGUGGCCGUGGUCGUGGCGGCAACGCCAAACGACCAAAGUAGCGAGGCCGUCGUCCUCAUCUACCUUGAUGAUAUCUUGGUUUAUAGUAGGACGUUGGACGAGCACAUCGUACACCUUCGCGUUGUUUUGAAUCGUUUGCGACUAGCCAAGUACAAAGCGAAUUUCGACAAGUGCGAAUUCGCCAGGCAAGAGCUUGAGUACUUGGGCCAUUUUGUCACGCUGAAAGGCAUUCGUCCCUUAGCGGACAAGAUCCAAGCCAUCGUGGAUUGGCCGGAACCCCGUUGCAAGACGGAUGUACGCUCUUUCAUGGGUUUGGCUAGAUAUUAUCAGCGAUUCGUCGAGUCAUACUCGAAAGUGGCCACUCCUUUGUCGAGACUUCAAUUCCCGAAGGUGCCCUUCGAGUUCGACGACGCAGCGCGUGGCGCGUUCACUACGUUGAAGGCAGCGAUGCAAGCCGCACCUGCCCUCCGUAUAUACGACCCCACCCUACCCACCCAAGUGACUACGGACGCUUCGGGAUACGGUAUUGGUGCGGUGUUGGAACAGUGUCACGAGGACGGUUGGCAUCCGGUUGAGUAUUUCUCCCAAAAGGUGCCUCUCGUCAACACUCUCGACGACGCUAGGAAGAAAGAGCUACUCACGUUCGUCACCGUUCUCAAACAGUGGCGCCACUUUCUUCUCGGCCGUCGGCGUUUUAAAUGGAAUACGGACAACAAUCCGUUGACCUUUCACAAAACGCACGACACUGUCACUAGCACGAUCGGUCGAUGGAUGUAUUACAUCGACCAGUUCGAUUUUGACCCGUGUCACAUCCCCGGUCCCGCCAAUCGAGCUGCGGAUGCCCUCUCACGACGGCCCGACUUUUGCGCCAUUGUGACCACGACAUUCGACCUCGAUGACGAUCUGCAGCCGCAUUUCGUCAAAGGCUACAAGUCCGAUCCGACUUGCUCUACGCUUUACGCAGAGCUUUCAUCGGAUCACCCGCCGGCUAGCCAUUAUCGGAUUUCCGACGGGUUCCUUCUCCUUCACUCGAGAGGAAAGGACUUGUUAGUAGUGCCCCAAGAUCGCAUCUUACGGACUCGUCUUCUCGGCGAAUUUCAUGACGCACGACUUUCGGCACACCUUGGCGUGAACCGCACACUAGCACGCCUCCUCCAGCGUUUUCACUGGCUCGACGUCCUUCAUGACGUCACGAGGUACAUUGAGUCAUGUGCAUUUUGCCACCGUAACAAGGGUCGAUCUCGAGUCCCCUUCGGCGAACUGAAACCGUUGCCGAUUCCUCGGGCACCACGCCUCUCCAUUGCUAUGGACAUGACAGGCCCGUUUCCCCGCAAUCGCCACGGCCAUGACGGUAUUCUCACGGUCGUUGACCGUUUGAGCAAGUAUGCUCGCUUCCUUCCUUGCAAGUAUCAUGCUGCAGCACCUGAGCUCGCACGACUCUUGCACACCGGUUGGAUUACCGACCAGGGUGUUUCGGAAGAUAUAGUGAGCGACCGAGAUACUCGCUUCAAGUCGGCCUUUUGGACUUCUCUCAUGACUGAGUCCGGCACGACAAUGAAGCCGAGCUCGGCUCGGCACCCGCAGACGGAUGGUCAGACGGAGCGAGCGCACCAGACCGCUUAGAUGAUGUUGCGUACGCUCAUCCGUCGACCAGAAAGAUUGGGUUGACCGGCUUCCCGACUUCGA